AUGGUGGACUUGCUCCAUGGUAUAGGAUUUACCGGUCUCAAGGCUAUUCUUUCUGGACCAGCUGGAGGUGUAGUUGGGUACGGUGAAACAUGCUACGAUACCAAGUCAAGAACAGCUACUAUUGGAUUUGAUGCUGGUGGAACUUCUACCGACGUUUCACGGUACUGCGACUCAUUGGAGCACAUUUAUGAGACGGUUGUUAGCCAAGUAAGUUUACAAACUCCACAACUAGAUAUAUCUACGGUUGCUGCUGGAGGAGGUUCCAUGCUUUUUUGGAAGAAUGGGAUGUUUGUCGUUGGCCCUGAGUCAGCUGGAUCUGAUCCUGGACCGGCUUGCUAUCGUAAGGGAGGACCCUUGACGGUAACUGAUGCGAAUUUGUUUUUGGGAAGAUUGAUUCCUGAACACUUUCCAAACAUUUUUGGUCCAAAUCAUGACGAGCCACUCGAUGCCAAAACUACUGCUGAAAAAUUCAAGGAGCUUACCGCCGUCAUUAACAAGGAAAAGGAAAGCACAGAAGCUAUGACUCCAGAACAAGUGGCAGAAGGUUUUCUCAAGGUUGCAGUGGAAGCCAUGGCCAGACCGAUCAGAAAUAUCACAGAAGCAAAGGGCUACAAAACUUCAGAGCACAACUUGGCAUGCUUUGGUGGAUCUGGAGGUCAAUUUUCAGUGGCCCUAGCCAAGAAUCUUCUGAUCCGAUCGGCUGCAAUUCACAAGUAUUCUUCGUUAUUAUCUGCUCAUGGAAUCAUGCUCGCCGAUAUCUUGAUAGAGAAGCAAGCACCGCUCACUUGUGCCUAUUUCUGA